AUGGCUGGCGUCGUCGAUCCAGAGCUUGCCAACAAGGCGACCACGACACUCGAGAAACCCGAGAUGUCUCAAACCCCACCACGCUUCAUCAUCAUCGGUGCAGGGUCCCGAGGCAAUGCCUAUGCCAACGCCAUCGAAAAGGUCAGCAAUGGAGUAGUGGCCGCAGUUUGUGAGCCCCUGAAGUUCAAGCGAGAGACCAUGGGCCGGAAGUACAUCUGGGGUGAGAACGGCAGCCCUCAGGAGGGACAGUCCUUCAGCAGCUGGAACGAGUUUGUGGGCUACGAAAAGGACCGCCGAAAGCGUGCUGCUGCCGGCGAGAAAGUCCCCGAGGGUGUCGAUGGCGCAUUUGUUUGUGUGCUCGACGAUAUGCACAGAGAGGUCGUCGUCGCUCUCGCUGAGCUGGAUCUGCACAUCAUGUGUGAGAAGCCCCUUGCCACCAACAUGGACGACUGCUUGGCCAUGUACAAGGCUGUGAAGCCCCUGAAAGGAUCCAAAAUCUUCUCCAUCGGACACGUUCUGAGAUACAGCCCUCACAACUUGAUGUUGCGAAAGCUGCUCGUCGACGAGCAAGUCAUCGGCGACGUGAACAGCGUUGUUCACACCGAGCCCGUUGGAUGGUGGCAUUUCGCCCAUUCUUUUGUCAGAGGAAACUGGAGAAACGACAAGACUUCCGCCCCAUCUCUGCUAACCAAGAGUUGUCACGAUAUCGACCUCUUGCUCUGGCUUGUUUCGGCACCUGCCAAGGCCGGUCAAGGAGAACCACAUCUGCCGGACUACAUCACAUCAACCGGCGGAGUCCAAUUCUUCAAGAAGAGCCGCAAGCCAGCCGCCGCCGGAAAUGCCACCAACUGCAUGAAAUGCCCCCUCGGAGACUCGGGGUGCAAGUUCUCCGCCAAGAACAUCUACAUGGGUGACAGAGUUGGUCUCGCCCGCGGGAACACCAAAUGGCCCAUCGACAUUGUCGUCCACGACAUUGAGGACUACAAGACAACCGAAGAGCGGAUGGAGGUCAUGGCCAAGGCCCUGAGUGAAGACUGGGACGAGACCACCCCCAAGGAAGUGGUCAGCAAACGACAGUGGUACGGCCGCUGUGUCUACGAAACCGACAACAAUGUCUGUGACGAGCAGUUCGUCACCAUCACCUGGCCCGAGAGUGUCCGUCCCGCCAAGCGCGUCACCUUCCACAUGUCAGCCCAGACGAAGAGACAGUGCGAGCGUGUAAGCACAUUCUACGGCGAACACGGCGAAAUUCACGCCGACUCGAGAAAGAUUGUCGUGGACAACUUUGCCACGGGUGAGGUCAAGACCUAUGAGCCUACAACUACUGAUCUCGGCCACGGCGGUGGUGAUACCGGUCUCGCACAGCAGUUCGUCUUGGCGUGUGACAAGGUCAAGAACCAUGGAUGGGAUGGAGAGAAGGCUCAAAACGAGUUUGUAGGAUGUACACUCGAGGACGUCAUUCGUAGCCACGCCUUGGUAUUCGCUGCAGAGGACGCCAGAGUGAAUAAGAAGAUUGUCGACUGGCAACAAUGGUGGGACGACAAUGUUACCAAGGCUAUUAGUGCGUAA